UUGAGGCAUUGAUCUUGUUCGAUUCAGAGAGAGAGAGAGAAAAAAAAAUCGAAAGAGGUUCCGCAAACGACAUUUUCGCCAUAGACGAAGCUCAAGAGUUCUGUGUGUUUAUAAGCCCUUUUCUUCACUCCAGACUCCAAUUUCAUAAUCACAAUCCUUCGAUUUCUUCCACAAACAUUCAGAUUCAUUACUAAUUGUUCCCAACUACUCACAAACAUCUCUGCUUUCGAUUUCUAGGGUUUCCAGGAUUUGAAUUUCAACGGUUGGAUUGUCCAUGGUUGCAACUCGAAUGUCCUAAUUUCCUUCUAUCUUGAUGAAUCAAAACUCUGUCGUUUGGAUUCAUCCUCCAAAUUUGCCUCCAGUUCUACCGCUGGAGAAUCGAGGUAUGUUUCUUCACGGCUCCCAGAGAUUACUCUCCACUGCUCCUACUUCGAAUCAAGGCCGAUGUCUCAGGAAGGGGAGAUGGUUUGAUAUGAGGCGAAAAGGCUCGAUUUCAUCAGCCUAUAAACCCUCGAAUUGGAACGAAUUACAGUACCAAAAUCGGUUGAAAUCGAGACGUUUUCAUCCAAAGAAGAAGUGUAACUACCGUUUUCCCCCUUUCGCGCCUCGUAAUACCACUUCCUUUUUAAUUCGUGCCAAACGAUCCGGCGGUAUUGCGUCGUUGGUGUCGCCUUAUCCGGUCACCCCUGCAGUGUUGCCUACUCCCAUAUUUUCGCCUCUAAGGGAAGUUCUUGUUGAUAUGGCUAAGGAGGAGUGGGGUCUUGACGGCUAUGGCUCGAUGAAGGGUCUGAUUAGACUUAGGUCAGAUGAAGACGAAGAAGAACAAGAAGAUGGGGGAUCUGGUGAUAGCGAUGUGGAAGGACAUUUAGAGGUGGAGAGACGGCUGGAUCAUGAUUUAAGUAGAUUUGAAAUGAUCUGCCCAAUUUCUGGUGGUGAAGAACAGAGCAGCGUUUUGGAGAGUAGAGUAGAUGAUCAAGAUUCUCACAUAGCCCAGCUUCAGGAGGAGAAUUUGACAUUGAAGGAAAGGGUAUUCUUCAUGGAAAGAGAGCUGGAAGAGCUAAGAAGAAGAGUUCAAUUCUUGGAAACUGAAGGCUGUCUCAUGGACAAUAACAACAAAGACGAAACCGCAGUGUCCGAAAACGCCUCUGAUAACGGUUGCAUCGGCCAUGGCUGCAAGAAGAAGAUCACUAAUCACAUUGGGAAUGAAUGAGAUGAGAAGUUUUAGGAUCUUUUUUGAAUUAGAAAUAGAUACCAUUUCAGUGUAGUGUGUACAGAGCUAGCUAACCCCCUUAUGUAUGAAGUUUGUUCUAUAUCUGUUCUUCUGUUGAUAUUAUUAUCUCAAUCCUUCUGUCUUCAAAUGUUUCUUGGA